AGUCGUCGGCGGAAGCUGAAACGCGCGGCUUCGGGAUUGUCGCAACACAACACGGUGACGUAGCCUACGGCGUAACAACACCGACGCAGGAGUGUACAUUUUGCACGCGCCAAUUACCGACGAGGAGGACCGACGGCGGUUUCGAGCUCGCGACAACUCCCGUCCGCGCGACGAAACGGACAGGAUAAUGUCGGGAUGCGGAUGUCGGAUGAAUGUUUUCUAAUCGCGCAGUGCCCUACAUAAAGACACUGAAUACCGGACUUCAGGAUAAAGCUCGUAGGCGCUUGACGGAUGAGGAGCGCUACGUACUGAGACCGGUCUCGUGAAUGAACGCACGAGAUGGACGUCUGAAUCAAAGCCGUCAUGGCCCCGUUUCUAUUGAUCCUCCCGUUGCUGGCAUCGUUGCGCCAGCUGAUACAGCCGAUCGACUGCGCGAUCGAUCGGAAUGGACCGACCAAGCGGAGCGACGUCGGCCCUUACUUCAGGCCUAAAUCCGUCAAGGAUGUUUUAGCGCAAACUGGCGGCACCGCGAUGCUACCCUGCCGAUUCAACGGGCCUGGAAUAGGAACGUCAGACCAUUGCCGUGAUGUCCAGUUAAGGUGUGCUUUGGACCACUCUACUCGCGCCUUCCGAUUCUUCGCAGAAAUGAAUGGCUUCUUCACAGGUCUUCGACCAUGUAGUCCUGCGUCUUGCAGGCGACGGCGUAUGGUAACUUGGAUCAGACGGAAAGACAGACAACUGCUCACAGUGGGUCGAGGUACUCACUCUAUAGACCAACGUUUCAUCGUCGUACCUGACUGGAGUCUGUUGAUCAAAAAUGUCAAGCCCGAAGAUGCAGGUCUUUACGAGUGUCAGAUACAAACGGAGCCAGUGCAGCAGCGAUUCAUAUGGUUGAACACCACCGAGGCGUAUUCGAUGAUACCGGGAGGUCCGGACCUCCACGUGAAACAGGGUUCCAGCUUGCGUCUGGAGUGCCAGCUGAUGGCGGCCACCGAAUUGCCCAGCUACAUAUUUUGGUACCGUGAGAACCGUAUGAUAAACUACGACAACGAACCCGGCGUUAGGGUCGAACCGACGAGAAACGGUUCGAUACUCGUCGUGGAGAAGGUAAAGCUCUCGCACGGCGCAAACUACACUUGCUUACCGAGCAACGCCAGACCGACGCACAUCAUGAUACAUGUCAUCGAAGAGGAGGAAAAACCGGCAGCCAUGCACGGAGGCGAUCGGCGAAAUUCCGAGGCAACAUCGCCGAGCAACGACCUGCUGGCCUUUAUAGUUCUCUCGUUUGCCUUGGACACCUUGGUAAGCCGCAGCUUCCUGUAUCUCAUCCGCCACGUCACGUGACUAACAUAAACCGCUAUUUUCACGAAGCUGAACGUAUUAUCAAGCACGCGCGAACGAAUCUCUCCUCUCUCCCUCAGCCUUCCUCCACCCUCCCUCCCUCCCUCCCUCCUUGGCAGAUGUUUAAAAACACCUGAAAUUUCUGACCGCUCGAAACGUCCCAUUGCACUUUGGUAUCGAAAAGUAUAAGUCCUCCUUCCCCUUAUUCGACACACACAUACACCCCUUACUCCUCCCUCUUUUUCUUCUUCUUCUUCUCUUUGUCUUUCUAUUUCCCUUUCUUUCUUUACAUGAAACUGCUUGAGCCUGACGACGAAAUCCAAACGUCGCGAAAGGAGAUAUGACAGAUACCACGCGCGCGGUAUCAAAGAAAAAUCUAUUUGCGAGUAAACUUAAAGCGAGAGAUUCAACUGCAGACAGUUUUCCGAGAGUCCGUAUCCUCGGGUGGUGAAAUCUAAGGAGGACCGCGAAGUUUCACGUAACCAUGUAACUUUCGUUUAAAGAAAUGUCUUAUCCAAGUGACACUGCUUGAUAGAAACUCCGCUUGAACUCGUAACGAGUGAAUAAUAUCAGUGGAAUGAGAUUUGGUCGUCUUUCGACGAGAACGAAUUUGUUCGCCAACUUUGGGGACCAAGUUGGCAGUCUUGUGUCGUUGGUCAUCAUAAACUCUCUUUGAAACAGAAAUUUUCUCGCGGAAAUCUUCGUCGUCUUCACUCACAUUAAAGUGUUCUCAGAAAAUAAAUUAAUUAACCUCUCGAAGUGUAAGUUGUAUUUACUUUUUAGCGGAAAAUUACCAAUAUUUUAUACAACAUAUUACUUGAAGAUAUUUCAAUAUAUCUUUUUCAUAUUCAGUAGAGAGAUAGUAGAUAGAUGGUGUGCAAGAAACUAUAAUAUUCAUGGACGUAUUACAUGUCGAUGAAAGUAAUAAAAUAGUCUUGUCGCAAACUUUGCAAUGCAUAUACAAACAACAAAUCUUUAAUUGCUGCGGAAUUUAGAAUCUUCUCAGAAUAUUAUCUCAUCAGAAUAUUAUCAGAAGAAUAUUACAUUCUCCAAAUAUAUCACAUUCAUACAGAUAAAUUUGGCACUGAAAUCUCGUCUCAGGGUAGACAAGUCUUCAUCGCUAGGAUCAGGUAUUAUUUGCUUCUUAUAAGUUUGACAAGUUUCUAGCAAGUAGUCUGAUGCAAAUGGGAUAUUGAGCUCUGUAAACAAAAGUUGCAUGUAGUUUCGCGUCCUCCCAUGGUUGUCUUACUCCGAAGUUGGUAGUAAUAAACUCAAUCUAGAACUGUUAGAAACACCACAUGAAAUAAAACGAGAAAAAUCGCCUUAUUUACAAAGUUUAAGUGUCUCGGGUGACAAAAGGGCUUUCAAAAAUCUAUCAAAAAAUGCACGUAAAGAAAUUCCCAAAAACAUCACGAUCGAGAUAAUGGCCAUAAGUAAAACAACAAUUUCCAAUGUAAAUCGACUAGAAGAAAAAGGAAUUUUAUUGUCAAUAAAGUUCCUAAACUGCCAAAACUUAUGUAUGCAUGUUGAUAUUUGUAUUUAUAUACCGCGCGUUCAAAAUUAUCGUUACUUCAAAUUAUUUUGCCCUUUGCGAAAAGAGUCAACGCAUUAUGAUUUUUAUUAUUAUUUUACAAUUAAUCGAAAUUUUUAACUUUCAAUCAUCCAUAGAUCGAAGUAACAAUCUAAAAGAUAACUCGAGCUUAUAGUAUAAUAAUAGUGCAUCCAUGAUAUAAAUGGACAAAAGUUGCAGGUGGUUCUUAUUUUUUUGCAUUAAUAUUCGCAAUAUUCGUAAAAAUAAUGCCUCACUGAAAUUACGAAACGUGCAAAUCGUGAAUCGGCGUAGCAUGUCUCAAAAAAAUUCGUGUUAUUAAAAAAUACUUGAAUACUCACACAGCUCAAUAUUUAUUCUAAUCAAUAGAUAUUUUAAGGAAACGUUGUUGAAAACAACAAAAAAUCUCUGAAACACAUGUUUGAAUACACCGAUUUCUUGUCUAAACCUUAUAUUAAUAAAUUAAUA